GGGAUGCAUUCAGGUUCAAACCAGGGGGAGGGCAGGUCCAGCUCCUUGGAUUAAGAGCCUCUCACCCAAAUCACUAAGAGUGAACAGUCCACAUACAGGAACUAGUAACCGCUGGUGAGGGGCUCUUGAUCUAGAGAAUUGGAUCUGUGCUCCAGUUCCUUAAAUUGAGCCUGAUUACCUUCCACCCCCACAGGCGCUAUAUAAUCCCAAUGGGUUUAACGCCCCCCAUAAUAAUAAGUAACUAAUGUAUAUUAUUACUGCAUUCAUGGGAACCCUAACCCACAGGGGGUCAUACAGCACUUGGGGAGAAAGGGAGGCAUUCAGGUUCGAUCCAAGGCAGAUGUCAGGUCCAAUUCCCUGGAUCAAGAGCUUCUCACUGGCAUCAAAGAAUUUCCCUUGAGGAGCUUUUGAAGCGAGAGAUCAAACCUAGCCAAAAACAUCUCUAGCUACUAUGUCCAAGUUAGAGAUUAAUGAUAAUUCAGCUCAGUCUCUUAACCACAGACAUGACACUGUUGUUACAACAGUCAAAUGGGUGGUUGUUGAUGGAGCCUGGAACAGUUAAAAUAUGACAUGUUAUGUGACAUCAUCAUGGAGUUUGCUAUUGGUGCUGUAGCAGCUUGUGGUGCCUGUUUUUUUUCCAAUCCAAUGGAUGUCUUGAAGACUCGCAUGCAGCUACAAGGAGAACUAAAAGCUCGAGGACACUAUACACUUAUUUAUAAAAACAUUAUUCAUGCUGGCAUUGCUGUUGCUAAGAAUGAUGGAAUACUGGGACUACAGAAAGGACUUGUUCCAGCUUUAGGAUACCAGGUUGUAAUGAAUGGGAUAAGGUUUGGGCUCUAUCAAAAAAUCCUCGACUCAGAGAUCAUAACUCGUGCAGAUGGAAGUGUUUCCACCAUGGGGUGCAUUGCUGCAGGAGCUGGUGUGGGCGUGGUUGGAGGUUUUAUAGGAAGUCCUCUUUACUUAGUAAAAACUCAUUUACAAUCUCAGGCAGCUGAGUCUAUUGCUGUUGGUCACCAGCACAAGCAUCAAGGUUUCAUGCCUGCCUUGUGGGGUAUUGCAAAGAAAGAGGGCAUCAGGGGCCUCUGGCGAGGGGCAGUAUCUUCAAUACCACGAGUUGGCGUUGGAUCAGCAUCACAGUUGUUUACCUAUUCCAAGAGUAAAGACUGGUUGGAACAGUAUGGGUUCUAUGCAAGAGACAGCUGGCAGAGUACAUUUUUUGGAGCUAUGGCAAGCGGAUUGGUUAUAGCAAGCUGUAUGAGUCCUUUUGAUGUUAUCGCUACAAGAAUAUACAACCAAGGUCUGGAUACUCAAGGACGUGGAUUGUUAUAUAAAGGCAUAACCGACUGCAUAUUGAAAACUUUGAAAACUGAAGGUGUCUGGGGCUUCUACAAGGGUUGGACUGCUAUAUACCUUAGGAUUGGCCCUCACAGCUUCCUUAACUUAAUAUUUUGGGAUCUCCUUCAAAGCCUCUAUAUAAAUUAUAAAACUAAAAGUCAUACUGGAAGGUGAUGAAGAGCAGAGUGGAUGAAUUAUUUCAUCUUGAGUAUGCAGCCCGUCCUCUUAAGCAACAGUUAUAAUUCCGACUGUUCAUAAGCAGUCAGUUUUUGCACCUAAAACUUUUAGCCAUUUCCUUUUAACAGCAAAUUUCAAAUUAAAAUUUGGUUAGGCUAGAUGCAGUAAGGUUAAACUGUUGUUUAUCAAUCAAAAGUAACCAAAUAUAAGAUAACACAGUACCAUGAAAUGAAAUUGGAAUGAAGGUGGAAAAAACAAAUGAAGGAGAGCAGUAAACAAGAACCACUCAGUGGUGCACUGGCUUCAGUUUUUUCAACUAAUUAAAAUUACAUAUAUUGGCAUUUAAGUAUGUUACAAUUAGUUAACUUUGAUUGCUAGAGAACAAUCCAGUCUAACCAAACCUAAAUAACUUAAACUAAGAAAUUUGAUGGAAAUUGUAUGUGAGGAAAUCCUCAAAGAAUUUGCAAGGAUGGGGCAGUUGCCUAAAGAUUUUUAUUCUUAAUCCCUAGCUAUCUUUCCACAAGUGCACAGACAGCACUAUCCAAUUAUCCACUGAACUGCAUCAUUUCCACUUAACUUUAAGAGUACAGGCACCAUACCUCCGACCUACAAAACACUAGCCUGUUAACUGUUUUUCCUAAAUUAACUAAGAUUGCAUGAUGGAUUUGAUCCAUGCUAACACUUGAACUACUGCAUAUCUUUAGACAUUUUCUAUAUUUUUAUGUAUUAGCUAACUACAGUAUUGCUUAAUAUUGCUACAUACAGUGAAACCUCUCAUUAACGGAAAAUUAGGAGGAAAGGGGUGUACGAUAUUUCCAAUUGUCUGCAUCUCCCGAAUUAUGAAAUUAAUAUUUUCCAGUUGUCUUCUGAAGUAGUGGACUUGGUCUGCAAAUGCAGUAGACAACCAGACACUAAGAAUACAGGUAGUACCUGUAGUACUAUAGUACAGUACUGUAUAAUUUUAUAGUGGUCUACAUAAUUUAUAGUAAUUUUACUUACCUUUUCAUGGUGUGGAGAUGAGGCAUAAACUGCCAUGACCAUGGGCUAUUUUCUUGUGCUUUCUAGGUCUAACUGUCGAACCUUUAUGACUGCAUCUACACUAAACUGAAGAGCUGUAAAGCUGAAAGCUGCAAGUUUGUCCUUGCUUUUAUGGAUGUCAAACACUGUUGGUUUCUUAAUACCAUAUUCCUUAUAUUCCUGUGCCUAUGAGACAACAGACUCAACCUUCUUUAUUAAUUUCAGUUUCUCGUUAACACUGAGAACUGCACGUUUCCUCUUGGUAUCACCACUUGCUUCAGAAGCCAUUGUUAAUUGCAGUUUACAUAAUAUGUUAAUAAAGUCACACAAAACACUCUAGAUCGAGGGAAAAUUAGAGACUGAAUGACGAGUGUAUGAGUGAGUGACCACAAACAGUAAUCCAGCACAGGUGGCCUAUGGCUCAAGGAACAGUGAAAAUGGACAGGUCUUGCACAUGGCCACUUUGGCCUGUACUGGACAAAUGUCAGUUAGCAGACUUGUCCAGACAACUGGAUACUAAUGAUACAGACAAAAUGAGAAAUUAUGAGCAUUUGUCCCCAUUGCCUGAUAAUAUAAUUAGUAUGUUUAUCCGGCCAUUUUUUUUUUUUGUCCGAAAUUCAUUAAUGAGAGGUUUUACUGCAUUAUUAUUAUAAUAAUGAUAAUUAUUAUUAUUAUUAUUAUACAGUAAGGCCCCGCUUUUCAGCGUUUCACCUUAUGACGUUCCGCUAAUACAGCGAUCUCAAAUUAUGACCAAAAUUUUCUAUAUGGCAAGUGGUCUUUCAAAUACAGCGCGGGCCACCCGGUUCGUUUACAUUCUUCAUGAGCACAUCUCUCUAUUAUGUAAUAAUAAUCACUCUUGGGCACAUAAAAUGUUUAAUUUUACGUCAAUAUAGACAUUUUCAUUAAUCCAUCUAUGAUAUUUUCUUCAAAAUUAUAUAAGAAACACAUUACAUAGCAUAUAAACAUGCUGUUUAUAUGCUAUGGAGGUGUGGUUGCCGGGUGGAGGGAAAACAUUACGUAAUACUAAUAAUAAUCACUCUUGGGCACAUUAAAUAUCUUAUUUUAUGUUAAUAUAGACAUUUUCAUUAAUCCAUCUAUUAUAUUUUCUUCAGAAUUAUAUAACAAACACGUUAUAUAACAUAUAAACAUUUUGUUUAAAUACUAUGGAGAUGUGGUAGCCAGGCAGAGGGAAAACAUUACAUCACUCCCCUUAAUACAUAACCCUUUCAUUUACAAUUCUCAGCUUGAAUUAUUCAUUACUUCUCCCUUUGUUUAUGAUGGCAUCUAAAGGUAAUUGUUAGAAACGAUUAAACUCAGUGAACAAGGUAUGUCGAUGGUAAUAAUAUGGCUCUGGGCCACAUUAAAUAUUGUGUAGGUAUGUAGCCCAGGCAGAUUACAUACCUACAUUAUUAUUAUAACUGAUAAUUAUACGUAUGUGUACCUGUAUCUAAGUAAACUUACACACUGUGCUGGCAUGCAGGUACACAUUAAAAUCACUAGGAGUAUCUUAUUAGUCUUGAAGAUGCCAUAUUAAUGAUGAUGAUUUUUUUUUUUUCAACAAGUCGGCCGUCUCCCACCGAGGCAGGGUGACCCAAAAAGAAAGAAAAUCCCCAAAAAGAAAAUACUUUCAUCAUUCAACACUUUCACCUCACUCACACAUAAUCACUGUUUUUGCAGAGGUGCCCAGAAUACAACAGUUUGGAAGUAUAUACAUAUAAAAAUACACAAUAUAUCCCUCCAAACUGCCAAUAUCCCAAACCCAUCCUUUAGAGUGCAGGCAUUGUACUUCCCAUUUCCAGGACUCGAGUCCGGUUAUACAAAAUAACCGGUUUCCCAGAAUCCCUUCACUAAAUAUUACCCUGCUCACACUCCAACAGCUCGUCAAGUCCCAAAUACCAUUCAUCUCCAUUCACUCCUAUCUAACAUAUCAUGCACGCUUGCUGGAAGUCCAAACCCCUCGCCCACAACACCUCCUUUACCCCCUCCCUCCAACCUUUUCGAGGACGACCCCUACUCCGCCAUCCUUCCCCUACAGAUUUAUACGCUCUCCAUGUCAUUCUACUUUGAUCCAUUCUCUCUAAAUGGCCAAACCACCUCAACAAACCCUCUUCAGCCCUCUGACUAAUACUUUUAUUAACUCCACACCUUUUCCUAAUUUCCACACUCCGAAUUUUCUGCAUAAUAUUUACACUACACAUUGCCUUUAGACAGGACAUUUCCACUGCCUCCAACCGCCUCCUCGCUGCAACAUUUACAACCCAAGCUUCACACACAUAAGUGUGUUGGUACUACUAUACUUUCAUACAUUCCCUUCUUUGCCUCCAUAGAUAACAUUUUUUGCCUCCACAUAUACCUCAAUGUACCGCUCACCUUUUUUCCUUCUUAAAUUCUGUGAUUAACCUCAUCCUUCAUAAAUCCAUCCGUUGACACGUCAACUCCCAAAUAUCUGAAAACAUUCACUUCUUCCAUACUCCUCCUCCCCAAUUUGAUAUCCAAUUUUUCUUUAUCUAAAUCAUUUGAUACCCUCAUCACCUUACUCUUUUCUAUGUUCACUUUCAACUUUCUACCUUUACACACACUCCCAAAUUCGUCCACUAACCUUUGCAAUUUUUCUUUAGCAUCUCCCAUAAGCACAGUAUCAUCAGCAAAAAGUAACUGUGUCACUUCCCAUUUUGUAUUUAAUUCCCCAUAAUUUAAUCCCACCCCUCUCCUGAACACCCUAGCAUUUACUUCUUUUACAACCCAUCUAUAAAUAUAUUAAAUAACCAUGGUGACAUUACACAUCCCUGUCUAAGACCUACUUUCACUGGGAAGUAGUCUCCCUCUCUUCUACACACCUUAACCUGAGCCUCACUAUCCUCAUAAAAACUCUUUACAGCAUUUAGUAUCUUACCACCUAUUCCAUAUACUUGCAACAUCUGCCACAGUGCUCCCCUAUCCACUCUUAUCAUAUGCCUUUUCUAAAUCCAUAAAUACAAUAAAAACUUCCCUACCUUUAUCUAAAUACUGUUCACAUGCGUAUAUGCUUCAAUGUAAACACUUGAUCUACACAUCCCCUACCUCCUCUAAAACUUCCUUGCUCAUCUGCAAUUCUACAUUCCGUCUUACGUCUAAUUCUUUCAAUAAUAACCCUACCGUACACUUUUCCUGGUAUACUGGUAUAAUAAUAAUAAUCUUUCAACACACUGGUCAUAUCCCACUGAGGCAGGGUGGCCCAAAAAGAAAAACGAAAGUUUUUCCUUUUACAUUUAGUAACAUAUACAGGAGAAGGGGUUAGAGCCCCUUGCUCCUAGCAUUUUAGUCGCCUCUUACAACACGCAUGGCUUACGAAGGAAGAAUUCUGUUCCACUUCCCCAUUUAGGUUAGAGGAAAUAAACAAGAACAAGAACUAGAAAGAAAAUAGAAGAAAACCCAGAGGGGUGAGUAUAUAUAUGCUUGUACAUGUAUGUGUAGUGUGACCUAAGUGUAAGUAGAAGUAGCAAGACGUACUUGAAAUCCUGCAUGUUAAUGAGACAGAAAAAAAGACACCAGCAAUCCUACCAUCAUGUAAAACAAUUACAUGCUUUCGUUUUACACUCACUUGGCAGGACGGUAGUACUUCCCUGGGUGGUUGCUGUCUACCAACCUACUACCUAGGAAUAAUAAUAAUAACAACACAAUAAUAAUCACUCUAAGGAGCAUUAAAUAUUGUAUAAAACAUUAAUAUAGACAUUUUGCUUAAUCCAUCUACAUACACCCCACAGUAGAAUUAACAUAAAUAUGAGAUGUGGCAGUUUGGAGGGAUAUGUUGUGUAUCUUUAUAUGUGUAUGCUUCUAAACUGUUGUAUUCUGAGCACCUCUGCAAAAACAGUGAUAAUGUGUGAGUGUGGUGAAAGUGUUGAAUGAUGAUGAAAGUAUUUUCUUUUUGGGGAUUUUCUUUCUUUUUUGGGUCACCCUGCCUCGGUGGGAGACGGCCGACUUGUUAAAAAAAAAAAAAAAAAAAAAAAAAAAAAAGAGAUGUGGUAGCCAGGUGACUUGUAGGACUUGUGGUAGCCAGGCAUCUUGUAGGAUUUGUGGUAGGCAGGCAGCUUGUAGAACUUGUGGUAGCCAGGCAACUUGUAAGACUUGUGGUAGUCAGGCAACUUGUAGGACUUGUGACGAAAACCAGACGCAUUCAUCUGGUUUGUUUACAUUAUAUGUGGGCGGGUGGGGUGGCGAGGGCUGCCCUUCCUGGCUACCCCAUACUUCCCAACCUGACUUCAUACAAAUAAAACUCACCUCUCCCCCUACAUUAAGACUACAAAUGUUUUAAGGUAAUUAAUGAGUAUACUAUACAUGUGUAUAUGCAUUUUAUCACUCUAGGGAGCUUAAUGUCAUAGUAGGUAUAAGUGGCCAGGGAGGAUGCCUUACCUCCCACACGACUUUCUACAAAUAAAUACUUUUCACCUCUCACCCUACAUUAAGACUACAAAUAUUUUAAGGUAAGUAAUGCGUGUACUGUAUAUGCAUUUUAUCGCUCUAGGGAGCUUUAAGCAUUGUAGUAUAGUAUGUGUGGGUGGGGUGGCCAGGAGGGCUACCACACCUGACUUUUUAGAGUAAAUACUACUCACCUUUUGCCCUACAUUAACACUACAAAUAUUUUGAGGUAAAUAUUGAGUGUACUGUGUGUGUAUUUUACUUUUUAAUGCCUAGUUCUAUUGCUAACUUAAAAUAUGUUAAUGUAAACUUGUUAUCUGGUAUUUAUAUGCAUUUAUAAAUGGAAAAAAAUGGAGUUCUGCUUUCCGGCGAAGUCUGCUUUCUGGCAAUAGCCUGGAACCUAACCUGCCAAAUAAGUGGAGCCCUACUGUAAUUAUUAUUAUUAUGGAUCAUACAACACCUGGGGAAUCGAAAGUUAUUAGGUUUAAUUCACGGAAGGGAAGGUGAGAUCUGAUUCCCUGGAUGAGAAGCCCCUUCUGGCAUCAGGGAACCUUCCUUGAGGGAGUAUUUAUGUAAAUAAAUGAGCGCAAAUAAGAGGAAUGAGUCUGCAAAUUAAAACAGUACAAUAGAGAGCACAAAGUUGUUAUUUCUUUAAGUACUGCAAACAGAACACUGUGACUGAUCAAGUGCUUUGCUGGAUUGGUCCAUUGCUAGCGCACUCGGCUCACACACAGGUCUGGGGGUUGAUCCCCCAAUACGGGUGGAAACAUUAGAAUGUGUUUUCUCAAGACACCUGUGUUGAAUAGGUACCCGAGUGGUGUAGGUCACAUCCUGGGAUGAAAUUUACCUAAUUUGCCCGAAAUGAUCUGCAUAAUAAGGGGCUUUCUAUAUAAUAGUAUGUCAUUGAUGUCAGCUAGGCCUGUAUACCUUGUACAUGUACUUGUAAAAAUAAAGAUUAUUAUUAUUGCCAAUCUGCCAUUUAGUGGCAGCCAAAAGUGAUCCUGGCACAUUCCUGGGUCAUUUGUAGGGAACAAGGGUAAACAGCACAAGUGGGCUACUUUGUUUACCAUGGAGCUUCCUGAACAGGAGGUCCCUUUGAUGCUAAGGUUCACUCAUGCUGGUACAAAAAACAAAAGCUUAUUUCCACAAGAUACAUGGUUUUACAAGAUUCAAUGACAUUUGGUAGUAUGCAUGGAAAUCCACGGUUAUCUUUACCUCAGAUGUCCAACUCUCCACAACAAAGCAGCCCAACAGGUAACCCCUCCAGUGAUUGAAGUAGUUGAUCCAUACAGAACUUCUACAAUGGCAUUUAUUAGUUUGUAUCCUUACUGGCAGUUAAAAUGGUAGGAUAGAUUGUACACACCAUUCCUAUUAGAGGGUGCUUGCCAAUGGUACAUGCUGGGUAAAACGUGUGUGAAAUCCCUGCUAUUGUGCAACAAUAUUGGUGCCACAGGGAUACUUGAAGGACACUUCUGUUGGUCAGUGUUCCCACAGCUCGGUCACAGACCAGGCUUUCCGCCAUGGACCAGGGAGUUAAAAGAUAAUGCAUAGCUUACUGUUAUUUUAUAAACAUCAUUAUUAUUAUUGAAUUUAGGGAAAAGUGCCAAACGUGCAGCGAUCAUACAGUGCCUAGGGAAUGGAAGGCAGUCAAACUCAAUCCUAGGAAAGGGAUGACAGAUCCAAUUCCUUGGAUCAAGAGCCCUCACCAGCUUCAGGGAACCUCUAUUGAAGAAAUACCUUAUUCAUAAAAGCAUUAAACCAAUAUGGGUCAUUCAUCAUGCCUUUACAGGUACAGUAUAGAAGUAAAGUGUACAAAUAAUGUAUCCUGUAGAAGAGACAGUAAGGUCAAAAAGAGUGACAUGAAACACUGGAUAUUUAAAGUAAAUGAUGUAAAUAAUUUUUUUUGACUAAUGAUAUUAUCUCAUACAGAACGUUCUUCACGACAUUUCAGAUCAUUGCCUGAAAUGCUCAUGUAUGCUAGUGGCUUUCUUUGUGCAUAACACUAUUUUACAUGUAAACUACACAUUGUAUACUAGGCAAAGAAAUAAAAUUUUGAAUCAUCACAUUUUGGGGAAGUGCUAAACCCAUAGGGGUCAUCCAGUUCCAAGGAAAAAGAGAAUUCACAAAUUUGCUUAUUAAGACAUUAUAAUUUAAAUCCUGUAUAUUUUAAUAUAUUCAGUACAACAGAACUGUCUUUCACUAGUCCAUUCUUUCUUUCCUUCCCCUUACUGAUUCUCUUAUCCUCCAAAAUUGGGAUCUUUCUCAUUCUUUGUUGGUAAGGUUUUUGUUUCUCUUUGGUCACUACUAUUCACAUUUUUCUCUCAUGGAACAUCUUUUUCAAUUGUUUUUCCUCAAACAGGCUAGUUCUCAUGUGUCUGGUCUCUUUACCCAAGAACCUUCAAACUGUAUCAUAAUAUUAUCUUCAAACUUAAUAGGUAUAACUGUAUUUUGAGGAGUACAUAUUAGUGAUUGUGUAUGAUUGGAUAGUUUCCUCUUUAAAUGUUUUAACUUUUAUUUUUUGUUUGGACAGAGUGGUACAAUAUUAUCGUUUUCCAAAAUCUGACUUCAGAUUGGAUCUUUUUCCAUUUUCUUCAAGUAUUCCAUUUUUAGGAGUGUAUUUGAUAUCAUUUGUUGGUACGGGUUGACCAUGACUAAUCCAGCAUCAUCGGGACCUGUCAGGUGCCGGAUUAGUGAUUUUGCCAGAUUACAGAGUGAUUAGGUUAGAAUACACUUAACACAAUGGCAAUAUUGAUGCAUUGGGAAUUUCACUCACUUUACUCCCUAUUUUUGGGCCAUUCCAUUGUUCCAGUCUACCAAACUCAUAGCUUUUUCGCUAGUAUUCCUUCAGUUCUGUCAAUUGAGUACAAGAAACCACUCAAUUACCUAUUUCAGCUAUCCACUAGUGGCCAGAAUUCAGUAAUUUGGCCAAUUUCACAUAAAUUUCUAGAGAUGCCAAUUUCAAAAUAGGGUCCAGAAUAAAUAAUGCAGAUAUUCCUGGCACUAAAAUAACAUUUUCUCUCUUCAUUAGUAACGUCUCCAGGCCCCUCUUAUAUUACAUUUGCUCUCCAUUUUGAAUUUUCAUUCACACAAAAAAUAGAAGAUUUACUGUUAUGCAUUAUUGUAAUAAUUGUGUAAAUAAUGUCAACUCAUUCGUGACUGUGUAUUAGAUUGGCAAGUUGGAUAUGUAUUGGAUGGCGACAUCAUUUGUUUACUCUUGAACAUCAGCAAAAAUCGAACAUUUCUGCUGCUUUGAGCUCAAUUUAAGGUACUUUCCAGAAUGAAACCAAUCAGAAUUAUAUCUAUUUCUAUAAUAUAUCUUCUAUUCCAUCAACUCAGACCAGAAGAAACGAGAAUACAUCCAUUCAGACCACUUGAAAAUGCACCGCAAUGUCACUGUUUUACAUCAAAAGCACAGUUGCCAUUUUUGCUCAUUAUGCAGUGUGUGCUGCAGGAUUUUUUUAUAUAGUGCACACUUACCACAUAGACUUAGUCUCUCAUAUGUAGGCCCAAAUUUAUCAGUCACAGCUUAUCUGAGCUCAUGGCGGCCGACAGUGGCUUCAAAGCCACUUUAUCUUUUAUAGGUAAUGUACAGUGUACAUAUGUGCUUUACACAAUGAGAAGCAUUUCUUUUAUUCGUUGGAACCAUGGCUAGGGCUAAAAGUGAGAAAAUGGAGAAAAAGAAAUUGGAAUGACUUACGCAGCACAUAGCACCACCAGCUUGCAUGCAGCCAGCAGUAACAGCCUGGUUGAUCAGACCCUGAUCCACCAUGAGACCUGGUCUCAGACUGGGCUGCAGGGCCCCUGACCCCCAAAACCCUCUCCAGGUCUCCAGGUAAACCAAACAGUAGCAGCUGGUUGGUGGGGCAACCCCGGAAAUUUGAAAUUAUGCUAGCCAAAAUUAGUGCCGGAUUACUGAUGGAACUGAUGGAGCCAGAUUACUGAUUGCCGGACAAGUGAUGGCCAACUUGUAUUGACAAAAUUUUUGAUUUGUCAAGUUUCUAAGGUAAAUCAUAUUUUUCUAAAACUUCUGUUAAAGAGCUCUU